CUUUACUCUUUUCUUUUUCACACAACUACUUCCUUUCCUUCAUCCCCCUCUCUCUCUCUCUAUCCAAAAUCCAAAUAUACAAAUUCCAUUCCAAAUGGUAUAACCAAAAAAAAAUUUAAAAAAAAAAAUGGGAAAUUGUUGCAGAUCUCCAGCAGCCGUAGCAAGAGAAGAUGUAAAGCCAUCAAAUGACCAAAAUAACCGGAAAGAUAAACCCACAAACGGUAAGAAAACCCCAGUUACUGUUUUACCUAAUUUAUCUAAAAUCAAUAUUGAAGAGAAAUAUGCUUUAGAUAGAGAACUGGGUCGUGGUGAAUUCGGUGUAACUUAUUUAUGUAUAGAUCGAAAUUCACGAGAACUUUUAGCUUGUAAAUCGAUAUCGAAACGAAAGUUAAGAACAGCGGUAGAUGUAGAUGAUGUUAGGAGAGAAGUUGAGAUCAUGAAACAUUUGCCCGAUAAUUCGAGUAUUGUUACGUUGAGGGAAGCGUGUGAGGACGAGAAUGCGGUCCAUUUGGUUAUGGAGUUGUGUGAGGGUGGGGAACUGUUUGAUCGGAUUGUCGCCAGGGGACAUUAUACGGAACGGGCUGCCGCCGCGGUUACUAGGACUAUUGUUGAGGUUGUUAUGUUGUGUCAUAGACAUGGUGUUAUUCAUAGGGAUUUGAAACCCGAGAAUUUUUUGUUUGCGAAUAAGAAGGAGAAUUCGCCGCUUAAAGCUAUUGAUUUUGGCUUGUCUAUUUUCUUCAAGCCAGGUGAGACAUUCUCUGAAAUUGUUGGAAGCCCAUAUUACAUGGCUCCUGAGGUGCUUAAGCGUAAUUACGGACCAGAGAUCGAUAUAUGGAGUGCGGGAGUAAUUCUUUACAUCUUAUUAUGUGGUGUACCACCAUUUUGGGCUGAGUCAGAACAAGGGGUUGCACAAGCCAUUCUUCGCGGGCAAAUAGAUUUCAAACGUGAACCAUGGCCUAGUGUUUCUGAAGGUGCCAAGAGUCUUGUACGUCAAAUGUUGGAGCCUGAUCCGAAGAUUCGGCUCACAGCUAAACAAGUGCUUGAACAUCCUUGGAUCCAAAAUGCUAAGAAGGCUCCAAAUGUUCCCCUUGGUGAUGUUGUCAAGUCGAGGCUAAAACAGUUCUCAUUAAUGAAUCGAUUCAAGAGAAAAGCUCUAAGGGUUAUUGCUGAUUUCUUGUCCAAUGAAGAAGUUGAAGACAUCAAAGAAAUGUUCAAAAAGAUCGACAUUGAUGAUGAUGGCACUGUCACAGUUGAAGAAUUAAAAAUUGGAUUGCAAAAGCUGAACACACACCUUGCGGAAUCUGAAAUACAGUCUUUUAUUGAAGCUGUAGAUAUGAAUGGAAAAGGCACACUUGACUAUGGCGAAUUUGUUGCUGUUUCGCUACAUGUCAGGAAAAUGGCGAAUGAUGAGCAUCUACACAAGGCUUUCUCAUACUUUGACAAAGAUGGUAAUGGCUAUAUAGAACCCAAUGAGCUACGGGAUACCUUAAUGGAAGAUGGAGACGAUACUUCUGCAGAUAUUGCAAAUGAUAUCUUCCAAGAAGUUGACAUAGAUAAGGAUGGCAAAAUCAGCUAUGAGGAAUUUGCUGCCAUGAUGAAAACAGGAACCGAUUGGAGAAAGGCUUCUCGACAUUAUUCAAGAGGAAGGUUCAACAGCCUGAGUGUGAAAUUAAUGAAAGAUGGUUCUCUAAACUUGGGGAGUACCGAGUAAGAUUUAUCAGAAAGAUUUCGCUUGAUUUCUGUUUUUUGUAAUUAUAUUGCCGGGUUCUGUUUGAUUAGGCGGCCUCCUUCCGCCACCAUUGACCUACAAUAGGAUUGAUGAGAGGUGAGUUCUUCCUAUGUUAUCUCUCCUUAAAUGUUGUAAGUUUGUCCGAGUCCCUUCGUGUAGUUUGAUUCUGGCCUAUUUUACCGUUAAAGUGUUCUAGUGAAGCUUUAUUUGUUUAUUA